GGGCACAUAGGAACCUCAGUUAACGCACGUAGGCAAAACUCUUGCAAUAUAAAACACUUUUGAUCUAUUCAAAACUGAUAGGACGUUCAAAUUAUAUCACGAACAGAAGCAUGGCGCUCUGGACGUGUUUUCUAAUUAUAUGUCUGCUUCAGGCAUUGGCAUUGGGCGAUGUUGGAUUUGACAUGUUUUUCAAGACAAAUCUUGCUGAAAUGUCAGAUUCGCCCUUAGUGUACGAUAGACCGUUGCCAAGUUGGCUACGAGGCAGCCUGAUACGUAAUGGCGUCGGGAGGUUUGAAAUUGGAAACCGUCACGUGACCACGACAUUAGACGCGUACGCUAAACUUUCAAAAUGGACAUUCAACAACAACAGUGUGGGACCAACUACCACUUUCUCUACCAAGUUUGUCCAAUCAGACUCCUAUACACAGUCUGUCGCAGCCGGUGAUAUAAAGCCCUACAUGAUGCUUGCACCUGUAGAACCGCCUUUUGAGCCCUGGCAAACAUUGCAAUCAAUGCGUUUAGGAGCUGACAACAUGAACGUUAACGUCUUCAAUUACGGAGGAAAGGGGAAUAACAGUGAAGGUUUCGUUAUCACUAGCGAUUACUGGAACGUGUAUGGCAUAGAUCCUCAUACUUUGGGCACCAGGAAACCAAUAAAGCCAAAAACACCUAAUGCUCCUUUCUACGACAAAAUGAUAGUUCUCGGCUGCUCACACUCACUUCCGGAACAUGGUACCAAAAACUAUAUAACUUUUCUGACUCUUGCCAGCGCCGUUCCUGGACUAAAAAGUAGAUAUUACAUUUACAGAGCAACGUCAGACGAAGACCGAGAGCAAAUUGCGGAGAUAGAAGCCGAUAAAGCGUCGUAUAUGCACUCUUUCGCCUUGACAAAGAACUAUAUGAUCCUCGUAACAACUACAUUAUUUUUUGACCUCGAGAAAGUCUAUACCACCUUCAAUCCGUCAGAUGCACUCCAGUAUGAUCCUAAUGCACCGGUUGUAUUCCACACUGUCAAUCUCAAAACCGGAUUCGUAGAGUCGUAUCAAACAGAGAAUUUCUUCUUUCUCCAUCAUAUGAAUUCGUUUGAAAAUGAACUUGGAGAACUCGUUAUAGACUUAGUUACGUACCAGAAUGGUUAUGCAAUGAAUAUCAUGAACCUUAAAAAGUUGGUAAAUGCGACCACACGGUCAUGGUUUCAACCUCCAUUAAUCAAAAGAUUCACUUUAAACAUACCAAAAAAGACAAUCGAUGUCAGUACCUUUGAUAACCUUACACCAAAUCUACCCUACACUUCCAAAUUCGACUUCCCAACAAUAAACGAAAAUUUCAGAUUUGAAAAGUAUUGUUACGUCUACGGAGUAGUGUACGCUGUAAAUGGCUCAGACUUCUUAGACAUGGCGUUGGUGAAAAAGGACGUUUGCACCGGAAAAACGGAUAAAGCUUGGUAUAAGAAAGGCAGCUAUUUUAACGAAGCAUUUUUUGUACCACGACCGGGAGGAGUCGAGGAGGAUGAUGGAGUUGUUUUGGUGGACAUUCUAGACACCGUCACAAAAACUUCCGCCAUGGUUGUCUUCGAUGCAAAAACAAUGACCAUAAUCAGUACCGCUCAGUUGCCGACAAAUAACCCAUUUGGUACGCAUGGGAGAUUUUUCCCUGAAAUAGUGUAAUGAUUUGUUAAUGUAAAUUACUGUUGUGGAAACUAGUAAAAAUAAAAUCCUGAAUUUAU